UUACGCUUGGCCGUUUAGGUGUGCGCUACAUCCGAUACAGUGGAGCAAUCCGCGCCGCCGCCCCUGUUACUCACUUAUUCAACCCGCAAGCAAGUAAACUGCUUAUUAGAUGGAGAAAGCUACUGCUCUCACGCAACACGCAUGAUAGGGCAUAAAAGAGAAAAACACAUCUACUCGAGAAGGAGGCGAUUCUAUUUUUAGUUUCAGCGCGAUGGACUCCCCCGCUAAUUUUGGCCAGCAGCCACCUCCUUGCCCUCUUUUCAUGAACCUCCUCUGUAUCGCCUCCUGGGAAAGUUAAAAGAACCACGCCCUGACUAACCCUUCGAACCUUCUGACUUGUUCGGGGGUUCCGAUUCGCGGCGCAGUGCUUUGCGUGUUUGUAACACCUUGUCAACUGCAGCAUCCUGACAUCGGUGGCAGCCACGAUGCCGACGACAACAACUGUUCGACAAACUACGGUAGUCACUCAACCGGGUAGUACGACCUUUUCUUCGAUAUCCGUACAGAGAGGGUUCAUUUCGACCGUCACGGGAAUGCUGACAAUUGUCGAGCUGGUACUGGGCAUCAUCACAUUCAGCUUGGCCGUGAGCUACCUGGACACCAGGUCCACUCUCUUUCUAGUCCUCGUGUCCUUCACGUACUGGAUCAUCACAUUCAUGAUAUUGGCGUCAGCGUUGCUCUCUGCUUCGGGAACUGUUCUGCCAACCACACAAUUUUACCUUACGUUUCACGCUUUCGGGUUCCUCUUCUACACCUGUGGAGGCUUGUCCUGCGCGGUUCAGGCCUUUUGGGCGGCCAACAUCGCCAGUGGUGUUAUGGGGCUCUUGGCUGGUAUCUGUCACUUGGUCCACGUGGUGUUCGCCUACAAAAAGAAGAUUUGAAGACAGCCUCCAUCCAGUCAUCCUCAAUGCCGAAGAUGAUAUGACUAUGGCUCAUGUAUGCCACCGGCUCGCUCACGUGUGCCUGGUUUUCUGAGCUCUCGUGUCAGUUGGCUUCAGGCAAAAGUUGAAGCAGAUAUAAGUAUAUUGUGAGAGGUGACAGUGUUUUUUUUUCUAUAUGUUAUUUAUUUAACACGGUUUUAAGCAACAAUGCUAGUCCUAGAACGACUGCCAUAACACGAGACAAUUCAUAAAAGAGAAGCUAUCAGUCCACCCAAAAGUAGCCAGGUACACUCAUAUUCCCUCCAAAACUUCGGGGUAUGUUCUGACAUUGCGAUAUUGCUUUUGUGGAAAGUUAACGAACAUUCAGAUUGCGAAGUAAAGUAUGCUAAUUUACUCUUUCCCUCUUCUUUCCUUCCCAAGAAGGGCGGCAGUGCGGAUCGGCCUCUCAUUGGUCUAUCCUCAUAUCCUCAAACGAUUUGCCCAACCAUCGCGGGAGGUCGUUUGAGGGGACCAAUGACAGGCCGCUCCACAUUGACACUCUUCUUGAGAAGGCGAGAAGACGGAAGGCGUAAAGUGCGGUUGCGUUCGCGCAUAAAUCGCGAACUAUUCAUCGGAUAAAUCCCCGUUCCUUUUGUAUUCCUGUCAAGGUAACGGCACCUUUCAUUCCGCGAGGAGAACUUUUUGCACUGUAGUGCCCGUUUAAAUAACCUAACGCCUGCUAACUAUCACAGGAAUUCGCUGUCAACUACAUUUUGACCAGGUGGUCCGGCGGCGGUCCAGUGACAUGAUCGGGUUCUCUCUUCUAGAUGAUCUAGUGUGCUCAAUGGUGUACGCCGAUACUUCUGAUUUCGUAUGUACCAGCGAAAAGCACGCGAUAACAAAAGUGCCAUUUGAGUUAAACGAGUUGUGACACAUUGGUAUUUUGUGGUUCGUUGUAUUCUGCACACAUUGCGCUGCACGAGUCAGAGUGCUGAGAAAAAAAUUAUUCAUAAAAACUAUUUGACAAAACUUAAUUUAAAAUUAUUUUUCUAGGUGUCGUAGUUGGCGAGUCACAAACGCGAGAACACCCUUCUGCGCCCAGUAAUGACGUACGAGGAGGGCAAGCCUUGGCCAUUCCUAUUGGUUCUCGUGAGCACGUGACUGCCACACUGGGGCGGAGUUGCCUGUCGUGAUAUCAAAGCCGGAUGAGUUUCGGUUUCCUUACAGAGGAUCGUCGCACUCACGUCACAGCGGUGCGGAGCCUGCGGGAGCUGGAGCAAUUCAGUAUAGAAUCACAUGGUCACAAGGUGUCACAACCCCUUUAAUAACAACAGUUACGUGUGUACUGGUCAACAGUUUAGUUGUUUAUGUGUCACGAAUAAAUAUGCUUAUAAAAUACU